CAUGCCUCCCCCACCCUAGCCGUUGCUCCUGCGGGGCCAGGCCCCGUGUCAGCCAGGAGGAGGAGGAAGCCAGGGCUGGGACAGGCGGGUGGUGACCACCGCUCGCCACCCAAGAUGUUAUUCAUUGGUAACAAUCCCCAUUAUCUGUCCCCACUUUGGGCUAAUCAGACAGAAUCGCUAAUGCCGAGAGCUGCUUCCUGCCGCCUCUGGGAGCCAGCGCAUGGCGUGCACCUCUGGCGCCCACCCGUAGCAGCUACGUCCCGGCCGCCCCUCGUUUCCCAGCCUGCCCCGCCCCCCGCCUCCUUCCCCUCCUUGGCCAUGGCCACCUCUGGACGCCUGAGCUUCACCGUGCGCAGCCUCCUGGAUUUACCCGAACAGGACGCGCAGCACCUGCGGAGGCACGAGCCGGAGCUAUGCGCUCCCCAACCCGGCCCCUGCGCCACCUGGUUGGAAUCCGAGCGCGGCCACUACCCCUCCUCGGACGAGAGCAGCCCAGAGACCAGCCCGCCCGACUCGUCGCAGCGGCCGUCCGCUCGGCCGGUGUCUCCUGGCUCAGACGCUGAAAAGAGAAAGAAGCGUCGGGUGCUGUUCUCCAAGGCACAAACGCUGGAGUUGGAGCGGCGCUUCCGGCAGCAGCGCUACCUGUCGGCGCCCGAGCGCGAGCAGCUGGCGCGCCUGCUUCGCCUCACGCCCACACAGGUCAAAAUCUGGUUCCAGAACCAUCGCUACAAGCUGAAGCGCGCGCGCGCACCGGGCGCGCCGGGGGCGGCGGAGUCGCCUGACCUGGCAGCAGCUGCGGAGCUGCGCGCCGCACCCGGCCUGCUGCGCCGCGUGGUGGUCCCCGUGCUGGUGCGCGACGGUCAGCCGUGUGGCGGCAGCGGCGAGAUGGGCACGGCCUCCGCCCAGGACAAGAGCGGCGCGUCCCCAGCCGCUGCCUGCCCUCUGCCGGGCUACGCCGCCUUCGGUCCCUGCUCGGCUCUUGGCCUCUUCCCCGCCUACCAGCACUUAGCGCCCCCAGCCCUGGUCUCCUGGAACUGGUGAGACCGUUGCGGGGGGGCGGGCACUUGGGGCUACCCCGGACUUUGGAGAGGCUCUGCGGCCAAAGCGGGGCUGGAGGCCGAGAUCCGCAAAGUACGCCCCCCACCCAGGGCCCAUCUCUCUGCAGGUUCCACGUCCUACAGUGCAGGGGUUCCCUGCCCCGCCCUCCCUAGCCAAUGCGCGGGGAACUUUCGCCAAGAUUUCCCCCUCGCCUCUUGCCUCGACCGCCAGCCCCAGAGAUAGAUUUUAUUGCUUAAACCUUAUUUGUAUAUUUUUAAAUAGCUAUUUGUAUGGGAAGCAACUUAUUUUGAAAGAAAUAGAAUAUUUUUCCUCUU